UCCACCUCCCUCUCUCUUGCUGACCACGUUCGCUACAAACGGGUCACAAUGCCGGAACAACGCCAGCGCAGGGAGGAGUCGGAGCAAGGCUCCGGCAUCAAGGGUGCUCUCCAGGGCCUGGCCUUCUUCAUCCUGGCGCAGUUUGUCGUUAGCCAGUUCUUCGGUGGAAAGGGACAAGGGUCGAGCGCCGCCGGGGGAAAGGCCAGUGAUGUGACUACUUUCAAUACGCGUCCCCAUCGCAGCGAAAUCUCCAACUACAGCCCCGUCCCCGAUCUUGUUACUCCGAUUUGGCCCGCCGACAGUGCCUUGGACCUGAAUAUCUAUGUGUCGCCAUCCGUCGUCGUCCCGAACUUCAAGUCGCUUCCCCCGGAUACGCUUGUUUUGGCAGAGAAGAACUUCACCAUCGGAAAUUAUAGCGACUCCAGAGAAAUUGACACUACCAUCAAGAUCCCCAAGGAAGUCCAACGCAACGGAACGCUCUGGGCGCAUUUCUUCCUUGGACUCACUGGGCAGCAGCUGGACCCCACGGCGAAGGACUACAGCACGAACACCGCCGUUCAUUUCUUCCGUCCCUUGAACCAGUAUCUUCCCAAGAAAAAGGUCAAGAAGCUCAAGAACCUUCUUUCCACUUCCGAUGACUCCGAAGAAGCCGAGGAUGACGGUAUCCCCGAUGUCUCGAUCGCUUCUUUCUACCACCCCAACUUCACAGUGUCCUUGAUCCCGGAUUCCGGUACCCAGAAGUAUCGUCAGAUUCACCCCGCCAUCAGACAGCAGAUGCAACUCGAAGCCACUGGCGCAAGAGAUGCUUCGGGCCAGAAUGGAUGGUACUACCCGAUCGUUUUCCUGAACACCUUCUGGCAGCUCAGGUCUCACAUGAUGGAACUCAACUCGACUGUGGAUACCGUGCCUCUGCGCAUCACCCUCAACAACCUGCAGAACUGGAAGUUCAGCAUGAUGUCGAGUGUCGAUGACAACGCAAAGACAACUGCCAAGCAGGCUGCUUACGGCCAAACCACACCCGGUGGCGGCGAUGGCAGUGAGUUCGAGAUGAUCAAGGAAGUGCUUCUGAACACGAACAUCUACUUGUUGGGAACAACCGGUGUGGUCACCAUUCUGCACAUGGUCUUUGAGACUUUGGCCUUUAAGAACGAUAUUUCUCACUGGCGCAAGAAGAAGGAUGUCGUCGGUACCUCGGUCCGCACCAUUUUGGCGAAUGUCUUCAUGCAGGCCGUCAUCUUCCUCUACCUGAUGGACAACAGCGACAACACUUCGUGGAUGAUCCUCGCCAGUCAGGGCUUUGGUAUUCUUCUGGAGGCAUGGAAGAUUACGAAGACUGUGGAUGUGCGGCUGCGUCCACCUCCGGCAGGAUCCUUCUUCUCUUUCCUACCCUACGUUAUCAUCUUUGAGGACAAGCACAAGCUCAGCGAAACGGAGCAAAAGACCAAGGAGUAUGACGAGAUCGCGUUCCGUUAUCUUUACAUCAUUGCCGUGCCUCUCUUGGCUGCGUACGCUGCUUACAGCCUGAUGUACAACACCCACAAGUCGUGGUACUCCUAUGUCAUUGAGACCCUUGUCGGCAGUGUCUACGCCUAUGGUUUCUUGAUGAUGGUUCCCAGCUUGUACAUCAACUACCGACUGAAGUCGGUUGCUCACUUGCCCGGAAAGGCAUUGACGUACAAAUUUCUUAACACCUUCAUUGACGACCUGUUCGCCUUCACCGUCAAGAUGCCUUGGCUCCACAGACUUGCCACUCUGCGUGAUGACGUGAUCUUCUUUGUCUGGCUCUACCAGAGCUGGAAAUACAAGGUUGACUUCAAGCGUGUCAACGAGUUCGGCCAGGGAGGUGACAGCGAUGAGGAAGAGGAGGAGACCCCGGCUGAAGCGCCGAAGGUGGAGGCCUCCGCUACUGCGUCCGCAAAGGAAGGCUCGAAGAAGUCCGUUAGAAAGAGGAAGUAGACCAGUCAGCUUCCGGGUUGGGUCGAAGCGAUCCUGGAGCAUUGUUCAGAAUCGCAUGUUGGAGACCUCCGUGAAGGGUGUAUACCUUCUUCACGCCGUGUCAUCUAUAGAUGAAUUGAAUAAUGGGGGGGGCGUUUUGAAGUUUGGA